GUCUUUCAGUGUUGCAUCCAGCCCUGUUCUUCUAUCACAGAUCUCAAUUCCUACCAUGUGAAAGUAUUUGAAGAAAAGUAUGGCUAUUAUGGUGAUUCAUUCCCAUGCUACGUCAACCCUAAGUCACCAGAUGAGCUGUUCGUAUUUCAUGCAGACAAAUCAUAUGACCGCAGUAUAAUAUUAUACUGCAUUCUGUGGCCAUCACUUGGUGUUUUUUUGCUUGCAUACAUGCUUUUUAUCGUGUGUUGCCGAGUAAAGGGUCUCUGCUGCUAUACAAAGAGUGAAUCGUCUGUUUCUUAUCAACCAAUAUAG